GCUUUGUUCCGCCCGGGAAGCCAUUUUGGAAUACAGGAUUGUUGUGCACUAGCAUAACAGUGACUAGCAACUUCGAACUUGAGUAUUUCUAUACGCGUUUGAUUUCGUGGUAGGAGGUCCUCACCGAUCUACUGCCGCUUGGCUCGCGUGUGCGCGGAAGACCGCCCGCCUGCAGCGACUGUGACGGUCACCGCAUCUUGUUUAGAAAUCGUCCUGGAUAGAAUGACAGCCUUCAUGGAGUCCAAACACACGGUCUAAUCAAAGAAGAAUCACCAUGGAUUUUUCACAACUUCACACAUACACGCCCCCUCAAUGUGCUCCAGACAACACCGGCUAUACCUACUCUCGCAGCUCAAGCUACUCAACUGCAGCUUUAGAGUUUGAGAAGGAGCACGAGAUUGCUCCUGUGUAUGAGUCACCCAGAAUGUCACGACGAAGUCUACGUCUACAAUCUAGUGUCAGCCACUACAACAAAGACCCCAUGGCUGACUUUGCAAAGGAAUAUGGCAGCAGCUAUAACGGCAGCAAGGAGACACGCACUUUACGAAGCAGAAAGAAGCAGUCAAACACUCUGAGUCUAUCGCUGAGUGAAGUUCUGACACCGAGGAAAGCCCUCUCCUUCUCUGCAGUCAGCACACCAAUUAAUGACGGCGGGUCUAACCAAGACAGCAACUCUGCAUAUGAUGCUUCCAUCCACACUCACAUCCAAGACCAGCCCUACUUAAGACAGCGCACCAUCACGACCACUACCGCUUCGUUGAUUGAAGGAGCUUGGGGAAGGACUUCUGCCAGUUCUCACUGUUCUUCAGGCGUCAACGGAGAUACCAGCACGUCAAAGUCUCACACCACAGUUGCCAAUGGCUACAUCUGUAAAGAUUGUUCUUUUAACUCUGAGAAGUCUUCAUCGCCAUCUGUGGAGCCUUGUUCAAAGGCUUUGUAUUCCUCCACAUCUUCACUGUCGUCGUCACCUCCUAUCACAAGAAUAUACUCCAGAGAUCGAAGUCGAACAAACAAAAAAGGUUUCUUGGCUUCGUUUUGUAGCACCUGUGUACACACUAGCAAGAAAGCUUUCGCAUCUGUUGUGUCCUUCGUUACGCUGCUCUGCAGCAGUAUGGUCCGACUGUGCUCCAUGGAACAGAUCACGCAAGGAACAGCUGGUGCCCUGUCCUCUUUUUCCAACUCUCUGAAAUCAGCAUUGUCGUCUGGGUUCUCUCAUCUAUGGUCAUUCAAGGCAGCUACUCUCCAUAGAAUGUUGGGCUACAACGCUAAUGGCUACGAGGGACAUGCUCACUCAAGUUACUGUGGAAGCUUGAACGUGAAGGGUCUGGUGACUGAAGACGCAGCACAUCUGAAGCUCAAUGGCUCCCUUUGUGAUGACUGUAAAGGAAAGCAAUACUCGCAGACACGCACAACCCUCCUCACACAGUCCCACAGGUCUCAGCCUCGGCUAGCUGGGCUGUGGAACAUCCUUUCUUACGCAGGCCAUUCACUCAUGCUCCCAGCGUAUGGGGCUUUGAAUGCUGGAAAAGCAGUUGGAUCAGCUGUGGGGUCAGGAGUUGGGUCUGUAGCUCAGAGGUUGCUCUCUUUGCUGUGGAUGCUGUUAGCUGCUCCAGGAAAGGCAGCCAAGGGUGUCCUGUGGUUUCUUGCUAUGGGGUGGUACCAGCUUACAUAUCUCAUGGCCUUUCUGAAUGUCUUCUUCCUGACAAGAUGUCUUCCCAAACUCUGGGGUCUCCUGCUUCUGCUGUUGCCAUUCUUGGUCUUCUUAGCUUUAUGGUGGUGGGGUCUUUCCGCUGCUGCCUUGCUGGCCUACCUUCCAGCCAUUAAUCUAACUGAGUGGCGUCAAGCAUCUCCAGUCGCCUUCAUGUCUAACUUGGUACCAGUUUCGGAUCCAGCGUCUGUGCCUGUCACCUUCACAGAGCGUCCCUUUGAAAAGACACCAGCUACUCCAAUCUCACAGGCCCCGACCAUUCCGCCAGUUGUUGUCUCGAGUGUGGACUUGGAGCGUCUUGACAAUCUGGAGCGGCAACUGGCGCUCUUGUGGGAUCGGGUCGGGAAGACUGACGAGAAACAUGAGCAGAGUCGAAGUGACAUGUUGAGUCUCUACAGCUCACUGCAAGAGAAGCUUAUCAGCGAGACAGACAGGGAGCGGCUAAGUCUGUGGGUGUCAUCCAUGAUGGAGCAGAGGAUUGGUCUGCUGCAGGAGCGGAUCCAGCAGGAGGACACACGGAGAGCUCAGAGCGAAGGAGGUCUCAAACUUCAUCAAGAGGGGCAGGCGACAAGACUGGCUGAUUUAGAAUUACUUCUCACCAGUUUGGCUGCAAAAACAGAGGAGGUCCAACUGAAACAGCAGCAGUAUGAUCUGAAGAAAGAACAGCUAGAGAAAGAAACUGUCGCUGAGUCAGCAGACACAGCUCCACUGAGUGUGGGUGUGAGUCAGGAGGACCACGAUGCUCUGCUUGCAGAAGUGCAGAGACUUGAGUUAGAAUUGGGCAAAAUCCGGCACGACUUACAAGAUGUUAUGGGAUGCAAGGGCAAGUGUGGGCAGCUGGAUUCCUUACAUGAAACAAUAUCUGCUCAGGUGUCUGCUCAGGUUCGCAAGGAGUUGCACGCUCUGUUUUUUGGCAGCAGUGAAUCAGGACAAGGGGAACUGCCUGAGUCACUGGUCCACUGGCUUUCUCAGCACUACAUGAGGACACCUGAUCUCCACGGUCUCCUGGCAUCCCUGGAAAUGAGCAUCUUAAGAAAUGUGUCCCAACAAUUGGAGCUGAACAGAGCUCAGACACUGAUCGAAGCCGAGUCCAGAGUUAAGACCGUUGCUCAGACAGUAACUGGGACUGUCCAGAGUUGUCCUUCUACUAAAGGAAUGAAUGAAGAACAAGUGGAGCUCAUCGUCCAGAAUGCCCUGAGGAUCUACUCCCAGGAUCGCACUGGACAAGUAGACUAUGCAUUGGAGUCUGGAGGUGGCAGCAUUCUUAGCACCCGCUGCUCCGAGACGUAUGAGACCAAGACCGCUCUGAUGAGUCUCUUUGGUCUGCCACUCUGGUACUUCUCUCAAUCCCCUCGUGCUGUCAUCCAGCCUGAUGUCUAUCCAGGAAACUGCUGGGCAUUCAAGGGUUCCCAGGGUUACCUGGUGAUUCGGCUCUCGAUGAGGAUCUUGCCUACGUCCUUCUGUGUAGAGCACAUCCCCAAAACCUUGUCCCCGAAUAGAAACAUCACCAGUGCUCCUCGCAACUUCACCGUCUAUGGUCUCGACGAUGAGUACCAAGAGGAGGGGAAGCUGCUGGGGCAGUAUGUUUACCAGGAAGAUGGGGAGUCACUGCAAACGUUCCCUGUGUUGGAGCAGAAUGACAAAGAUUUCCAGAUCAUCGAGUUGCGGGUGUUGUCUAACUGGGGUCACCCGGAGUACACUUGCCUGUACCGCUUCAGAGUCCAUGGAGAACCCCGGUUCUAGUGAACACUUCUCCACCACCGAUCCGACAUAUCACACUAUCUGUAUAUAGCUUUCACCAAUAAAUGUAAAGAGGAACAGACGAAUGGAUGUUUGAAAAAGCUGAUGGACUGGUCAAAGAGUGGAACGGACAUUUAAUGUGGAAUCGAGGAAGUAGAGGAAAGGAACAGAAGAACUUAAGUGCCAGUCUCCUUUUGUAAGAUGGUUCUUGCACUGAAAAGCCCCCUCCGGGCUAAAGACUUUCGAGCAGACAAGUCCAUCCGGUCUUGGCACCCUGCUCUUCUCAAGGGACGUGGGCGAUGGGAACGUGGGCAUUGUCUCAUUGCCACCAUUUCCUGUCAUUUAUUAUUUUACUUGGUUUGUUUGCUAUCUUUUAGAAGUUCUAUGGACAGAAUCAAGCUUACUUGACUACAAGCAGUCCACCCAUUCCCCAUGACCUUUAUUCCUGUCAGACUCAGUUUAGAAUUUCUUCUGUUGAUCAUGAUACUCAAGACUGACAGCCAUAACUCUUCAUGUUGAAAGUGAGCCUAACAUGGCCUGAAUGUCGUUUUAUUUUUUAUUAAUGUUGUAAGUUCAACCACAAAGCAGCGCUGUAUAACUGCUCCA